GCUCCUCCUGUCCGCAGGUAAACUGAUCAUCUGCAACGUGACGGGAAUCGCCCAUCGACGCCCGCAAGGAGAGAGCUACGACCAGGCCAUCCGGAACGACGAGACGGGGCUCUGGCAGUGCCCCUUCUGCCAGCAGGACAACUUCCCCGAGCUGAGCGAGGUGUGGAACCAUUUUGACAGCGGCUCCUGCCCUGGUCAGGCCAUUGGGGUGAAAACCCGUCUGGACAACGGCGUCACCGGUUUCAUCCCCACCAAAUUCCUCAGCGACAAAGUGGUCAAACGGCCGGAGGAAAGAGUCAAGGUGGGGAUGACCGUCCAUUGCAGGAUCAUGAAGAUCGACAUUGAGAAGUUCAGCGCCGACCUGACCUGCAGAACGUCGGACCUCAUGGACAGGAGCAAUGAGUGGAAGCUGCCCAAGGACGCCCACUACGACUUUGCAAAUGAGGCCUCUGACCACAAGCAGGAUGAAGAGCUGAAGAGGAAGCAGCAACGGACCACGUACAUCAAGCGGGUGAUCGCCCACCCCUCCUUCCACAACAUCAACUUCAAGCAGGCCGAGAAGAUGAUGGAGACCAUGGACCAAGGCGACGUCAUCAUCCGGCCCAGCAGCAAAGGAGAGAAUCACCUGACAGUCACCUGGAAGGUCUGCGACAACAUCUACCAGCACGUGGACGUGCGGGAGGAGGGCAAGGAGAACGCCUUCAGCCUGGGCUCCACCCUCUGGAUCAACACCGAAGAGUUUGAGGACCUGGACGAGAUCGUGGCCCGCUACGUCCAGCCCAUGGCCUCCUUCGCCCGGGAUUUGCUCAGCCACAAAUACUACCAAGAUUGCAGCGGAGGAGACCGGAAGAAACUGGAGGAGCUGCUGGUGAAAACCAAGAAGGAGAAGCCCACCUUCAUCCCCUACUUCAUCUGCUCCUGCAAGGACCUUCCGGGCAAGUUCCUGCUGGGCUACCAGCCGCGAGGGAAGCCAAGGAUCGAGUAUGUGACGGUGACGCCAGAGGGAUUCCGCUAUCGCAACCACGUCUUCCCCACCGUCAACGGCCUUUUCCGGUGGUUCAAGGAUCACUACCAGGACCCUGUGCCAGGUGUCACUCCCAGCAGCAGCAGCCGCACCCGGACGCCCGCCUCCAUCAACGCCACUCCUGCCAACAUCAACCUCGCAGACCUGACCCGAGCCGUCAACACCUUGCCGCAAAACAUGACCUCUCAGAUGUUCAGCGCCAUCGCUGCCGUGACGGGGCAGGGGCAAAACGCCAACGCCACCCCUGCGCAGUGGGCUUCCAGUCAGUACGGCUAUGGGGGCAGCGGCGGGGGCAGCAGCGCAUAUCACGUGAGUGGGCGGAAGGGCUCCGGGCCCCACCCGAGUCCCCCGGCAGUGCCCCACCUCAGCUGGGCAGCAGGACGAGUCUUCGUGUUCCUAGAGACCGUCUGUGGGAAUCCUCCAGUCAUCCGG